AUGUCAGAUCACGAUCAAAGACACAGCAAUCUGUUUGGAGAAUAUGAGAAUGCAGAUGGAAGCCCCGAGAUACUUGAGAAGAAUGAUGAACCUAAUAUCAAGGCAAAUAUCCACAGCGUGAUUGAGAACUACUCCAAACAGCUCAAUGAAGUACUGGCUGAGAAGUCAGUCCUUACUGAGAAUCAUGAGAUGCUCUGAGGAGCAAUAAAUAUGCUUGAGAGUAAAGUCCUAUCAUUGCAGAAGAAUCUUAAAGAAAGUCAAGAAAACUCUUAUAGGAACAAUGAUACCUUGGAUAAAUUGGAGGUUGAGCUGGACAAUAAGGAUUCAAUGAUUGAAAUUUGAGAAACUUGGAAGAAAAGGUUCCUACAUGAUUCAAACCAGUACGCCCAUAAAAUUAUUCUUGUUCUCCAAGAAAAACAGAAGAGGGAUUCAAGAAAGAUCCAAGCUUUAAAAGAGAUGUUCGAGACACAUUGUGAGAGUUCCACCAUCAAGAUCAAGCAAAUGAGAGAAGAAAAGAUUCGCCAAAAGAAAAUAGAGGAUGAUCGCAAGCUCUGCAAGCUUAAUAAUGAAAUUCAUGACGUUGAAGCCAAGGUGUCACGUAAGAGCGAAGAAAAUGCUAUCCUUCAGAAGGAAUUUAGAAAAGUUGAAACACAGAUCCAGAAGUUAGUGAGAGAGCAUGAGAUAUAUAUUGAAAGUAUCAUUUUCAGAACUACACCUGACCUUUAUGGUACUAGAGAGAGUAGUGACCUGGAUUCCAUCUCUACUGAGGACCUCUCCAAGGAUUGAAUCAUAUGUAAUUCUAAAGGAAAAGGAGAUUAUUUGAAAACCAAAAUUGAGGGUGUGAAAUCAGACAUCAAACAAUUAGAAGCCACAAGAAUCAACCUGAAACAAGAGCUUGCAGAGGAAUGUAUCAAACCCACCUCAAAGAACUGGGAGGCAUCAACUUUCACUGCUUUCUUUGACAACAAGAGGAUUAUGUUUAUAUUGAUCCUCCUCUCAAUUGGUUUGAACUUCACAAUGAUAUUCGCAAUGUAGAUUUCCACAACUUAUAUCCUAAAACAGCUUCAGUCUAA